CCAACACUUGACCAUCUGUCUCCUCUCCCUUAUCGAGGACCUGGUCUGUGGUCUGCUCAGUUAACAGUUGCGCGCUGUUUCCGUCCGGUUCUCACAGACACACAACUUCCGGCAUCGUCUGUGGUUUCCGCCGCUGUCUCACGAAUUUUCCUCGGCCGGGUGGAAGCAUUUCGACUCGGAACUCAAUUGAACCCACCGCGAUAAGGGUAAAAACGGUUCUCGAAGAGACCGCCUCACCAUCAUGCCUCGCAAGGCUAUCGACUCGCGCAUCCCGGCGCUCAUCCGGAACGGCGUGCAAGAGAAGAAGAGAAGUUUCUUCGUGGUGGUCGGCGACCGCGCCAAGGAUGUCAUCGUCAACCUGCACUACAUCAUGUCCAGCGUCGAUGUCAAGCAGAACAAAUCCGUUCUAUGGGCUUACAAGAAGGAUCUCUUGGGCUUCACCAGCCACCGCAAGAAGCGCGAGGCGAAGAUUAAGAAGGAAGUGAAGCGUGGUAUCAGAGAGCCCAAUCAGGAGGACCCGUUCGAGCUGUUCAUCACCCUGAACCAGAUUCGCUAUGUCUACUACAAGGAAACGGAGAAGAUUCUCGGUAACACCUACGGCAUGUGUAUUCUCCAAGACUUCGAAGCUAUGACGCCCAACUUGCUCGCCCGGACGGUCGAAACUGUGGAGGGAGGUGGUAUCGUUCUGCUGUUGCUGAAGGGAAUGAGCAGCUUGAAGCAACUCUACACCUUAUCGAUGGACAUCCACUCACGGUACAGGACCGAGGCGCAUGACGACGUGGUGGCUCGUUUCAACGAGCGUUUCAUCCUUUCCCUGGGCAGCUGCGAUUCCUGCCUCGUUCUGGACGACGAAAUGAACGUUCUGCCCAUAUCUGGAGGCAAGAAUGUCAAGCCCCUGCCACCCCCGGAGUCGAUCGACGAGAACAACACGGGCACCAAGAAGGAGUUGAAGGAGAUCAAGGAAAGCUUGGAAGAGUCUCAGUUGGUCGGGCCUCUGGUCAAGUUGGCUCGCACCGUGGAUCAGGCCAAGGCGCUGCUUACCUUCGUGGAUGCGAUCGCCGAGAAGACCCUCCGCAGCACUGUGACUUUGACUGCCGGCAGAGGUCGCGGCAAGUCUGCAGCGCUCGGUGUUGCCAUUGCUGCCGCCGUAGCCCACGGAUACAGUAACAUCUUCAUCACAUCGCCCAGCCCCGAGAACUUGAAGACUCUAUUCGAGUUCGUGUUCAAGGGAUUCGAUGCGCUCGGCUACAUGGACCAUGUCGAUUACACCAUCCUGCAGUCGACGAACCCCGAUUUCAACAAGGCUAUUGUCCGCGUCAACAUCCACCGUCAGCAUCGCCAGACUAUCCAGUACAUCCAGCCCCAGGAUGCUCAUGUUUUGGGCCAAGCGGAACUGCUGGUGAUUGAUGAAGCUGCCGCCAUUCCCCUGCCUUUGGUCCGCAAGCUGAUGGGCCCGUAUCUGGUUUUCAUGGCUUCCACAAUCAACGGUUACGAAGGAACGGGUCGGUCCCUUUCCCUGAAGCUGAUUCAGCAGCUUCGUGAGCAGUCAAGAGGAGGACUGAAGGCUAGUGGCGAGGAAGACAUUGAUGUCGCUGAUCGGGCGACCGGCAAAGCGGCCAAGAACGCCGACAAGGGCUUGGGUGGUCGUUCGCUCCGGGAGAUCACCCUGUCGGAACCCAUCCGUUAUGCUCCUGGCGACUCGGUGGAGAAGUGGCUUAACAAGGUCCUGUGUCUUGACGCAACCUUGCCCAAGUCCCGGAUGAACACUCAGGGCUGCCCCCACCCGUCGCAGUGCCAACUGCUCCAAGUCAACCGUGAUACCCUGUUCUCCUUCCACCCUGUUUCCGAGAAGUUCCUGCAGCAAAUGAUGGCCCUCUACGUGGCCAGCCACUACAAGAAUACCCCUAAUGAUCUUCAGCUCAUGAGUGACGCCCCCGCACACCAGUUGUUUGUCCUUGUCCCGCCCAUCGAUGAGGAGGCCACGAAGCUUCCCGAGCCCCUUGUUGUGAUCCAGGUUGCGCUGGAAGGUCGCAUCAGCAGACAGAGCGUGCUCAACAGCUUGAGCCGCGGCCAGCGCGCCGGAGGAGACCUGAUUCCUUGGCUGGUCAGUCAACAGUACCAGGACGAAGACUUCGCCGGUCUCUCCGGUGCCCGGGUGGUCCGCAUCGCCACAAACCCCGAAUACCUCAACAUGGGUUACGGCUCCCGCGCGUUGGAGCUGCUAACCGAUUUCUACGAGGGCAAGUUCACCAGCCUGUCGGAGGACGCCGUUGACGCACCGGAGGAGAUGGUUCGCGUGACGGACGAGGAACUGGCCAACGCCAGCCUCCUGGACGACAACAUCCAGGUCCGGGACAUUCACAGGAUGCCACCCCUGUUCGGCAAGCUGUCCGAGCGCCGCCCCGACGCGCUGGACUACCUCGGUGUCAGCUUCGGCCUGACCCCCUCGCUGCACAAAUUCUGGAAGCGGUCCUCCUUCUCCCCGGUCUACCUCCGGCAGACCCCGAACGACCUCACCGGCGAGCACUCGUGCGUGAUGCUGCGCACGCUGGCCACCGGCCCCAACGACGCCAGCUGGCUGGGCGCGUUCUCGCGGGACUUCCACAAGCGGUUCAACUCGCUGCUGUCGUACCAGUUCCGCGAAUUCCCCUCGGUGCUGUCGCUCAGCAUUUGCGAGUCCGCCAACGCGGGCGCCAAGCUCGACACCUCCUUCGCCCCCGUGGCCCUGACCAAGGCCGACCUGGACCGUGCCUUCUCCCCCUUCGACCUCAAGCGCCUCGACAGCUACGCCAACAACCUCCUCGACUACCACGUCAUCCUGGACAUGGUGCCCACGAUCGCCGAGUACUACUUCUCCGGCCGCCUCAGCGGCAAGGUCAGCCUCUCGGGCGUCCAGCAGUCGAUCCUCCUGGCCAUCGGGCUGCAGCGCAAGAACCUCGAGGCCCUGGAGAAGGAGAUCAGCCUGCCGUCCUCGCAGCUGCUGGCCAUGUUCCUCAAGAUCAUUCGCAAGAUGUCCACGCACUUCCGCGCCGUCCUCGAGGGCGCCGUCGCCGAGACCAUGCCCGCUCAGCAGCAGGCCGCCCUCGCCGCGCAGGAGGUCACCGAGGCCCACGACGAGGUCAUGGAGGACCGCUUCAAGCCCCUGGAGACGACCCUCGACGACGAGCUCCGCGAGGGCGGCCAGCAGAUUGACGAGGAGCUGCGCGAGAAGCAGCGAGCUCUGAUCGAUGCCCUUCCUCUGGACAAAUACGAGAUCAACAACGGUAGCACCGCCUGGGACGAGGCCGAGAAGCAGAUCCGCUCCGGCGGCGCCUCCACCGUCAGCGUCAAGUCCGCCAAGCAGACCAAGCGCAAGAAGGGCGAAUCCGCCCGCGAGAUCUACGACCAGGAGAUCGACUCCAAGCGCCAGAAGAUCAUCAAGAAGGGGACGGAGGGUCGCAAGAAGAAGCACUAAAGCGGCAUCAGCCUUAUGCAAAGCACCUAGCCUAGUGUAAAUAAUGAAGAAAGCAUUUAGGGGGGGAAGAUAAAAAGCCUUGAGCCUUACUUUACACAUCUCAUAUUAUUUCACACUCCGUAAUUUUCGGCUCUCUGGUGU